GAUAACGAUUAAUAAGUUAUACCUUGUGAGGAAGGACGGAGGUUGGAGGGAACCAAUAAUGUUCUAGCAAGACCGCGGUUGUUCAUUGGCUCAGCCUAUCAGGAGCCAGAUCAGUGCCCACUUGAUGAUCUUGCAAACCUACAGCCAAUAGCUCAGUGACCAAAUAGAGCUUUCUCAUUGAAAAGUGUUAUGGAUAUUUGCCAAUCUAGUUAAAAACAAGUAGUCGAAGAUAACUGUAUAUCCAACUGUAAACUGAAAGUUAACUAAUGGGGCACAAGGAAAUGGAAGAACCUCCUAAAAAACACCUUAAAAAACCAUCAGAAGGACCUUUAAGAAGAUCUUCUCGGAUCAAUAGUCAGGCCAAACCAAACCCUGUGUUGGUUGCAGCAAAGAAAAAUGCACAACUUAAAAUGGGAAAUAAGAAGCCAGUCUUCUCAUUUGUGCAAGACGUCUAUCAAGUUGCUAGAGAUGCAAAAGAGGCUACCCACAUCCCAACUGGUCUGGUAUAUGAUAAUAAAAUGGCUGAGCAUAAAUGUUUAUGGGAUGAUAAUUAUCCUGAAUGUCCUAAAAGGCUCACAAGCAUCAUACAAAGAUGUGAAGACCUUGGUCUUGUAAAACGCUGCCAACUAAUUGAAUCUCGCCUAGCUACAGAAGAAGAACUCCUUAGCUUACAUGCUCCUGGUUCUGUAUCAUUAUUAAAAUCCACCAGAAAUUGCAUUGAUGAAAAUCAUCUUGAAAAUAUUUCUUCUCGUUAUGAUGCUAUUUACAUACAUCCAGCUACCUAUGAGUGUAGUUUAUUGGCCGCUGGGAGUGCUAUAAAACUUGUUGAUGAAAUAUGUAAUAAAAAAAUCCAAAAUGGAAUGGCCCUAAUAAGGCCUCCUGGACAUCAUGCUAUGAGAAGUGAAUUUAAUGGCUAUUGUUUUUUCAACAACGCUGCAUUAGCUACUAGGCAUGCUCUGAAACUUGGUUAUAAAAGAGUUCUCAUUGUUGAUUGGGAUGUACACCAUGGACAAGGGACACAGCAGAUGUUUUAUAAUGAUCCUAGAGUAAUUUAUUUUUCCAUACACCGUUAUGAACAUGGUUCAUUUUGGCCUAAUUUAAGAGAAUCUGAUUUCGACUUUGUCGGUGAGGGCACAGGCAGAGGUUUUAAUUUUAACGUACCCAUUAAUUCAAUUGGAAUGGGUAAUGCUGAUUAUUUAGCUGUCUUCCAUCAAGUUCUUCUUCCGGUUGCCUAUGAGUUCCAGCCUGAACUGGUUGUUGUAUCCGCAGGGUAUGAUGCUGCUCUAGGAUGUCCUGAGUUUGAACCUGAACUAAUUGUUGUAUCAGCUGGUUAUGAUUCAGCUAUCGGUGAUGAAAAGGGUGAAAUGGAACUUACUCCAGCUGUUUAUGCUCAUUUGAUUUCUUACCUAAUGCCUUUGGCCAGUGGAAGAGUCGCUGUUAUACUGGAGGGAGGUUAUUGCAUUAAGUCACUUUCUGAAUGUGCUGCUUUGACGUUAAGAGCUCUUAUAGGAGAUCCUGUACCAUCUUUAGGAUCAUUAAAUCCUCCUUCUAAAAGUAUGGUUGAAACCAUUUCAAAUGUCAUAUAUAGUCACAAAGAUGUUUGGAAGUGUUUCCGUGAUUACCCGACUUACAGUAUUUAUGAAGCUGCUAGUGAAGAUGAGAAAAGACAUCUUCCUCGUAUUUUAUAUAAACAUAAUGUAGUGCAAACUGAUAAAUACCCAACGAGAGACUGUUAUCCAAUCCAAAGCGCUGAGCUAGUCUCUAGAUUAAAUUCAAGGCUGGACUUAUUAAUAAAUAGUACAAAAUUAUUUUCUCCAAGGCAUAAAGUUUGUUUUGUCUAUGAUACAAAAAUGAUGGAUCAUAAAAAUUAUGAGGACAGGGAUCAUAUAGAAAAACCUGCAAGGAUAUCAGCCAUUUACAAAUUCCAUGAUGAAUAUGGACUUCUUUCCAGAUUGCAUGUAUUAAAGAGUCGACCUGUGACAGAGGAAGAAAUUAGAUAUGUCCAUAGUAAAUCACAUGUUAACGAUAUGAUGAACAUUUCCAGUAUGAGCACGUUUCAGUUAAACGAGAAGCAACAAGUAUACCAUUCUGUAUACCUGCAUCAGGACACUUACAAAGCUGCCUGUCUUGCUGCAGGAUCUCUCUUGCAGGUAGUGGAUUCAGUUCUUCAGGGUGAAAGUGGUACCGGCGUAGCUGUUGUAAGGCCUCCUGGCCAUCAUGCGGACACUGACGAGCCUUGUGGAUUCUGCAUUUUUAAUAAUGUAGCUAUAGCUGCUCACUAUGCCUUAAAAAAAUAUGGCCUUAAAAGGAUUCUGAUAUUAGAUUGGGAUGUCCAUCAUGGAAACGGAACUCAGGAGAUAUUCUUUGAAGAAUCAAGUGUUCUUUACAUCUCUAUACACAGAUUUGACAAUGGGUCUUUUUUCCCCAAUACUGGAGAUGGCGCAGCUACUCAAGUUGGAAGAGGGGAUGGUGAAGGGUUCACGGUCAACAUUCCUUGGAAUAAGGGAAAUAUGGGAAAUGGAGACUAUGUUGCAGCCUUUUUUCAAGUGGUAUUACCUAUAGCCUACCAGUUUGAUCCUGAACUUGUUUUAGUUUCGGCUGGGUUCGAUGCUGCCAUUGGUGAUCCUUUAGGAGGUUGUAAAGUGACCCCUGAGUGCUUUGGCCACAUGACCUCAUGGCUGUUACCACUUGCCGGUGGAAAAGUGAUUCUUUCAUUAGAAGGAGGGUACAAUAUCCACUCAAUUUCAUAUUCGAUGACCAUGUGUACCAAAGCAUUACUUGGUGAUCCCUUACCGUCCCUGAAAGAGGGCAGUGUUCCUUGUACAUCCGCCUCUGAGUCUAUCCGGGAAGUGAUAAGUGCCCAUUCUAGAUACUGGUCAUCUCUUUGCUUCGACGCAGCUCUUCCAGUAGAAAAUGUUCUUACUGAAAGAAAACAGAAAAAAGGCAAUAAUGCUACCAAUGUGCAGAACCAAAAAAACGCCGAUACGCUCGCUCGCGAAGUGCGAGACUUAUCGCUAGGAGAAGAGGAGCUAGAGGAAGCAAUUGAUGGGAACGAAGAAGGCAAUAAUAAACGUGAUAACAAUGAAAGUGGCAGUAGUGGUGGAAGGCCCAACAAACCGGGCUCCAGCUCCACCUCUUCUGGGGCCACCUCACGGCCGACUCUUACUGAGUUUUUGAGUGAACAUUUGCAGGCUCUUCAGAAUGAAGAAAUGUUUGCCGUGGUCCCUUUGAAAACUUGCCCUCACUUGCCUGAGGUCGCUCCUGUUCCUAAUGGUGUUCUUGACGUCUCGACUCCUUGCUCAACCUGCGGUGACCCAACUGAGAAUUGGGUCUGCCUUACAUGCUACUCUGUGGAAUGUGGUAGGUAUGUGAAUGGGCACAUGAUGGAGCACAAUGGAUCUACCAACCAUCCUCUCACGCUUAGCUUUUCUGACCUCUCAGUAUGGUGCUACCCCUGUCAGAACUACAUCGAUAAUCAGAUACUAUAUGCAGCGAAAAAUGCAGCUCAUAUAAGUAAGUUUGGAACAGAUUUAGAAUGGACCUACCAUGACCAGCCUGUUUCAGUGUUUCAUCUGAACCAUUAAGUUGGGUUCGAGUAUAGUAUGACUUUGAUUAUAUUUUACUUAUUGUUGAGUUCCAGCAUGAAAUAGAUCUGAGGAACUACUGUUUGCAAUUUAUUUUGAAAGUUUUAACCAUUUUUGUUUUUAUUGUUAAAAAAAAAAAUACGAAAAAAUACAUUUUCAUUCUAAUUUUGAAGAGGUGUAGAAGUUAUAGAAAACUAAUUUCUAAAAAUUUAAGUUAGAAUUUUUAUUCUUUUAACAUUUAUUAUUCUAAUUUAUGUAUAAGUUAACAAAAACUUAAAUUCCCAAGUUACUUUGUUACUGUUGCAAAAAUUUAUUUUCAGUUUUAUCCAUAGCAUGUAUAUUUUGUAAAUAAAUUAUAUUUAUUAGUCAUUACAAAGUUGGAGCCUAUAAAUAUAUGUAUAUUAUUAUAUAAUUUUAUUGUAUUUAAAUGUUUCCUGCAAGUGUUAUACUUAAUAGUUUCGUUGUAGACUGAUUAUUCUUCCUCUGUUUUUUAAUUUGUAGAAAUUAAAUAAUUCAUCGAGUUGUUCUCAGGGUUCAAAUUAUUGAAUGAAUGAAUCAUUCAAGAAAAUUAGACAAACUCAUUUUGUGACCAUCAUAAUUUCUUCUUAAAUGCUUAAUUAUUUCCCCUUAGUUUGUUGUCUAAACGCUCCUCUGAUGUUGCAAUUACAAAGCAAAAGAAAUUUUUAAUAUUCUUUUUCGAUAACCAUGCUCUGAUUUUAAACAUUUCAGAAUAUUUUGAUGAUUAAUCUGUGAUGUUAAGUAUAUUUAAUAAUUUGUUCAAUUUAUUACCAUCAAUGAGCUCAGCUCUUAAUAAAUAACUCAAAAUUAUGAUGUUUCAUUGAAACAAUAAUGAUAGUAAAUAAAACCUCAUUGAAUCUUGUAACUUAAAAAAAUGUUAAAAAAGUAUCUUUUUUAUUUUAUUUUUUAUUAACAUAAGGAAUCAAAAUUCAAUAAAUAUUUACCUAUUCUCAUUAUAGCUCUUUUUACUUUUUAAGUUAAACUGAAGUUAUUUUGUAAAUCUUCCACCAUAAAAUGAUGUAACAACUACCUCAAACUUUGCUAUUAGGUUCUAAAUAUGAAAAUACCUUUCAUCACUUCUUUUUGUAUAUUGAAUUUUAAAUUCAAUUGAUCGGUCAUGUUACUUACUUUGUGAUAUUCUUUGUAGUAGUUAGUGUUAAAUAUAUUAUGAGUUGUUAAAUUCAAUUAUUUGUGUUUCUAAAAUUUAAUUAAUUUUAUUUUAGUGACUGUUAGUGAAAGAUAAAGUAUAUAUUGUAUGUUACUGUUUUAAUUUUGUUUUUUUCUUUCAUCUGAUUUUUUUCUUCCUUCUUUUUUUUAAGAUCAUAAGUUAGAUAUGUUAUCCAUUAUUAAACAAUCCAAUGUGAAUUAUAAUUUUGUUCUAAAUCUAUAAAAUAAAAAUUAUUUACUCGUAUCAUUUCUUGAUAAAUCCAACUUGGAAUUACUAUUUUGUAUAGUUAUCAGUGUGACUCAAAUGUUCAAAUUUUUUAUCGUUCUUUAAUUUUGCUAUUAAAAAUAAAUACUUUUUGUUUCUAAAUAAAUUUUAUUCACUAAAAUGACUGAUACUUUUAUUGAAUGUGUAGAUCCAUUGUUGUGUUGAUUUACCUGUUUUUGUUGUAUUGAAUGUUUAC